AUCUCUUGCUUUUAGUUCAGUAACUAUGAUCUAUGGAAGAGGGAGAGUCACGCUCACUAUUCCCUGAUGCUCUGCAGGCGGAGGAGAUGGAGACUGAGAACAACACAGUGGUGACAGAAUUCAUCCUCCUUGGUCUCACUCAGUCUCGAGAUAUUCAGCUCCUGGUCUUUGUGCUGAUCUUAAUUUUCUACCUCAUCAUCCUCCCUGGAAAUGUCCUCAUCAUCCUCACCAUAAGGUCAGACCCCGGCCUCACGGCUCCCCUCUAUUUCUUCCUGGGCAACCUGGCCUUCCUGGACGCCUCCUACUCCUUCAUCGUGGCUCCCCGGAUGCUGGCGGACUUCCUCUCUGAGGAGAAGGUCAUCUCCUACCGCGGCUGCAUCACUCAGCUCUUCUUCCUGCACUUCCUUGGAGGAGGGGAGGGACUGCUCCUGGUUGUCAUGGCCUUUGACCGCUACGUCGCCAUCUGCCGGCCUUUGCACUAUUCCACUGUCAUGAAUCCCAGAGCCUGCUAUGCAAUGCUCUUGGCUCUGUGGCUUGGGGGCUUUGUCCACUCCAUUAUCCAGGUGGCCCUCAUCCUCCACUUGCCAUUUUGUGGCCCAAACCGACUGGAUAACUUCUUCUGUGAUGUCCCACAGGUCAUCAAGCUGGCCUGCACGGACACUUUUGUGGUGGAGCUUUUGAUGGUCUUCAACAGUGGCCUGAUGACGCUCCUGUGUUUCCUGGGGCUUCUGGCCUCCUAUGCGGUCAUUCUCUGCCAUGUUCAUGGGUCAGCUUCUGAGGGAAAGAACAAGGCCAUGUCCACGUGCACGACUCACGUCAUUAUUCUUCUUCUUAUGUUUGGCCCUGCCAUCUUCAUCUACACUCGUCCCUUCAAGGUCUUACCAGCUGACAAGAUGGUUUCUUUCUUCCACACAGUGAUCUUUCCAUUGAUGAACCCUGUGAUUUAUACCCUUCGCAACCAAGAAGUGAAAACCUCCAUGAAGAGAUUAUUGAGCCGACAUAUGGUCUGUCAAAUGGAUUUUAUAAUAAGAAAUUAAGAAGGGAGAAUUCUGGCUUGCAUUCAUUCAUUCAUUUAACAAAUACUGUUUUUCAUUGAGUAUUUCCCAUUUGUCAAGUACUAUUAUGGGCAAUGGAGGAGGAUGUAGGUGUAAUUAGAGAGUAAACUUGUCACAUUUAAAGAAUAUAAA